AUGCGCGCGGCCGUCGCCGGGCGGCGUGCGGAGAGGCGCAUGCUGGGGGGGCGUAGGGCGCAGAAGGGCUCGCAGCGCGUGCGUCAUGCACUCGCCCAGCGCCAGCGCCAGCCGCACGACCAUGCGCAGCGGCAGCGCCGGAGGCAGCAGCAGCAGCAGCGGCGGCGGCGGCAGGGCCAGCGACCACGAGCCAUGAAAGGAUGGAUUCAGACAGAAUGCCCCAUAAGUGAUAUAACUGGACGCCAGCAACACGGAAAAAAGAGGUGGACCAAGACGGACCAAGAGUUGGAGGAUGGUGUAAUGGUGGUAUUGGAGAGAAGAGAUAUGUUACAAGACACUGGGCAUCGCAAGUCUAAAUGGGGAAUGGUAACUGGAAAACUUAGCGCAUCAUCAAUCCCACUAUAUCUUAGCAAGGACAUUCCCAUUGGGUACCUGUAUGAAGGUUAUGAGAGACGGAACAGAUGUUUUAGGAGGCAGGAUUUAAUUCUUGUAGGAGCAACGCUGGAUUUACCGAGGUUAAAGUGGCCGGUACGAGGGGCUGUUUGGAAGUUAGAAAAUAAUUUAGCCGACAGUAAGGAUAUUAGCGGCCACCACCCAGCUGCCCCCGCAGCCCGGGUGAUGCACUCCCCGCACGUCCGGCUGUACAAGAGCUCCGGUUGCCGCUCGUCGGCGCCGCCCCGCCCGCUGGCCAAGCGCCAGCAGCCCGAGCUGGGCUCGCCCCUGGCGACGGCGGGCGGCAACGGCGGCCGGCUUCGGCGGCUCCGCACCACCCCGCACGCCCCCCGGCCACCCCCCCGCCACGCCCCCCGCACGCUCGCGAUGCUCCGAACCCGCUCCACGUACCCCGCCCGCGCCCAGGCGGCCCGAGCCCAGCUGGCCAGGAGGGCCGGCGACGCGGAGGGGGCAGGGGGGCGUGGCCCCGAAGCGGGUCGGCUCUCGAGGAACGACGCGUGGGUGAUUCGCAGGAGGCCAUCGACGGAUCGCGUCGCCCAGAAGACGUUCCACGCCGAGGAUGAAUCCCCUGGGCAGCGGCCUCGUAAGAGAGGCACGUCGGAAUUAAGAGGUCUUCGCCUAGCUCCGGGCUUGUCCCCCAACACUGAAGACGCGGACGUUAUUUUAAGGAGCAGCUUACGGGAGGUGAGGGAAAGGCCGGCGACGACGAGAAGGUGGAGCGAUUCGCGAGAACGGGUCGCGAGGCCGGCGCCUCCCGCGUCGGCGUCGCCGCGAGUUUGCGCGCCCAAAGUUCCUCACCCUGCCAGUUCGCCGAACUGUGAUCACCAAGGUGUUUUACCGAGAAGCAAUCACCGAGGUGUUUCACCAAGGAGCGACCAAUCAGGUGUUUCACCGAGGGGCAAUCACCAAGGUAAUUCACCAAGGAACGAUUGCCUAGGUGCUUCACCAAGGAGCGAUCACCACGGUGUUUCACCAAGGAGCGACCACCGAGAUGUUACACCGAGGGGCGAUCACCCCGGUGUAUCACACAGGAGAGAUCACCCUGGUAAUUCACCAAAGAGCGAUCACCAAGAUGUUUCACCAAGGAGCGACCACCCAGGUGUUACACCGAGGGGCAGUCGCGACGCAAGAGUCGAGUCCGCCAGACGUCCCCUUGUGACCAAGUCCGAGGAAGAACUGUUGCAAAGCACUUCAAAGGUUUCAAAGGCCACCGUCUUUCGCAGGCACAUUAAUUCUACCUCGAGCAAGAGCACGGGACGCAAGAACCUUGGAAACAAACCGGUGAAAACCAGACAGGUUGAAGAACUGAGAGAGCUGAAGAGGGUGGAUUCGUCUACUCAGACGAACGAAGAGACUGUGCACAGCGGUUGGGGCGACAGUUUGGAUGAUACGGACGGUCAGACGCCGGUUCUCAAGCCGUGUCCGGAUUCCUCGGAGAAUAUACAGGUGCACGUGCAAAUCGAUGAAGUGGAGAUCGAUGUGUUCUCGAAGUCUCCAAGGCAUCACGAUCACAAACCCAUUAGAACAGGAGUGGAACUUCUGAAUUCUCAAAAAUUCAGAGCUCUGCGCGCAUCAUCUUCGGACUCCACGCAGGGUCCGCCGAAGCCCAGCCGCGUGCACGUGUGCGGGCGCCGACCGGGCUGCGCGCCGGGCGCCCACGGCGGCAGCGGCGGCGGCGGCGGCGACGCCGGCAGCCGGGCGACGACGCUGGGAGGAGCCCCCGCUGCCGGCCCGUUGCCCUGCGACCCGCCGCCCGCCAAGACUUCCUGCGCGCGCCACGACACGUGCCCGUGA